GCAGCCAGUGUAGCACUAGGACUGUGUGCAAAGACCAUCAGUAUCCCAGACUAAUUUUUUUAUAUUUUGAGCGAUUGUGCGUGCACGUGUGCGAGAGAGUGUGUGUGCGUGUGUGCGCGCGAGUGUCGGUGUGUGUGUGUGUGUAUGCGUGCGCGUGUGCCGUGUGCACGCGCGCCUGUGUGCAAUACUUUAUGUACAUCGGAAACCACCUCUCGAAGACAGAAGAGAAAAUAAGAUUUUGACAACUGUGCUCCUCUUGUAGAUAUUUUAUUUUCAACGAGAAACACAGCUGAAUCGGACUUAAGACAUCGCCUCUCUGCACAUUAAGAAUGGUCACUGGGCGCUUGGGCCAAUUGUACCUCCCUUCCCAUCACCUUGGCUGAGAUCAGGUAAAGACCGGGAAUGGAACCUGGAACUUUCCUGCAGAUACUUAGCACUAUGGAAACUCAGGUGGCAAAUGGUCCUACAAGCAACAACACAUCCAAUGGCCCUUCCCUCAACAGCACAAACUGCUCCAUACCAAUGAUGGCUGGGCCUUCCGACGACAGCAAGACUAACCUCAUCGUCAACUAUCUACCACAGAACAUGACACAGGAAGAGUUCAAGAGCCUGUUCGGUAGCAUCGGGGAGAUUGAAUCAUGCAAACUCGUUCGUGAUAAGAUCACAGGUCAGAGCUUAGGAUACGGUUUUGUAAACUACGUGGAUCCAAAUGACGCAGACAAAGCCAUCAACACCUUAAACGGACUCAAGCUACAGACUAAAACUAUCAAGGUUUCCUAUGCUCGACCCAGCUCUGCUUCCAUCAGAGAUGCCAACCUGUACGUCAGUGGGCUCCCCAAAACCAUGAGCCAAAAGGAGAUGGAACAACUCUUCUCCCAGUAUGGCAGAAUCAUCACCUCACGCAUCCUUGUCGAUCAGGUUACAGGUGUUUCCCGAGGAGUUGGCUUCAUACGAUUCGACAAGAGGAUAGAGGCAGAGGAAGCAAUUAAGGGGUUGAAUGGGCAGAAACCUCUAGGGGCAACUGAGCCCAUCACAGUGAAGUUUGCAAACAACCCCAGUCAAAAGACUGGCCAGGCCCUGCUGUCCCAACUGUACCAGUCAAGCAGCCGACGAUAUCCUGGUCCACUGCACCACCAGGCACAGAGAUUCAGGCUGGACAAUUUACUUAACAUGGCCUACGGCGUAAAGAGCCCUCUCUCUCUGUCCACCAGGUUCUCUCCAAUCACAAUAGAGGGGAUGACGAGCCUGGCUGGAGUCAACCUCUCGGGCCCCACGGGCACUGGCUGGUGCAUCUUCGUGUACAACCUGUCCCCCGAAGCGGACGAGAGCGUCCUCUGGCAGCUGUUCGGGCCCUUCGGGGCAGUCACCAAUGUCAAGGUCAUCCGUGACUUCAACACCAACAAGUGCAAAGGCUUCGGCUUCGUCACCAUGACCAACUACGACGAGGCGGCCAUGGCCAUCGCCAGCCUGAACGGCUACCGCCUCGGCGACCGGGUCCUGCAGGUGUCCUUCAAGACGAGCAAGACACACAAGUCGUGAAGCCGCCUCCCGUGCGCGCGAGAGAGAGAGAGAAACAAAAUUCAAAACACAGAAGCGCCCCUCCGCAACACAAAAAAAAGUAAAGCAAAAUAAUCGAUACGUCACCAAACACACACAGCAACAGAACAAAACAAAAAAAAAACAAAAAAAUAUCCAUUAAUAUACCUGGGCUUACAGUGAAACAAAAACAGACUUUUUUCAAGAGCCAGUGUUAGCAUUAUAUUGAUACAGGACAUCUUACAACAAAUAACCAGGAAGCUAUUUCAUAAACAACUUUGAAUACUUUUUCAUAGCUAUUAUUAUAUGAAUAUAAUACAUAUAAAACAAUACUACGCAGGGGGUUUUAACCCAGCCUAAUAUUAAUAAUAGUACUUAGAACUGCCUUCUUUGAAGGUAAUUAUCUCUUCUAAUGAAAGGCAGAACAGAAAGCUGGGAAACUUAGAACAUUUUCACUAAGACCUGUUUUCAGAAGUGUCGUGUGGUUGCAAUUGACAUAGAGAAAAAAAUCUUUUAAAGGGGAAUAUUUAUGAAUUGCAGCUCGUAAUUAAUUUACCUUUUUUUCUCUUUUUCCUUGUCCCUUCCACGGUUUCAUUAACCAAGAACAAAAAAAAAAGAAAAUGUGCAAUACCAAGCAGCUAAAACAUUGGACUUGGCUCUGUCAAACACUAAAGUGCAUUACUGUAAAUUAAUUUUCAAAAAGUCUUUACUAAUUUGCUCACGGGUCUCUGCCAAGUGUUCUGUACCGUGAGAGGCACAUCCAGUUCGUAACUUUGCAUCCCUCCUGCAGUUCUCGCACAGAAAGUCCAUUUCAAUUCCAGUCUCCCACCCAAAAAAUAGGCCACAGUUUGGAAUCAUGAUUAAGGAGUAGUUUGGGUGUAAACUAUUGUACUGUGAUCUUACUGGUAGAAUUAGUAUUUUGUAACGAUGCUUAAAAAAAAAGAAUCUCGACCCUACUGAGGCUUAUUCCAGUGUUGACUCUAAGCACACUGCAAGAAAGGGUUUUAAUUGCCUGUCUAACAGAGACUGCAAAAGUGCAAAGUGGACUUACCUGCAGCAUAGUAGCAUGGUUUCAGAACACUUAGUAAUGGAUUGUGUCUGUGAGUUAAACUAUUUAUUUUCUAAAUAGGUUCCCCUUUAAUGAAAUGCUAUGAGUAAUCUCAUCUUAAAGUGACAGUGCCCCUGUUUUAAAAAAUACUUGUGGGAUGCUUUUAUAGCUUCUUACUAACUGUUAUGUGACCUCCUCUGUGAGAAACCGUGAAGACACUGAAACAAUGUUUAUGGCGUUCACCAAAAAAACUUGUACGUAAGCAGAGUAGUUGUGUAGCCAGUUGCAUGGUCUGUGUCCCCUGGGACACCUUUGGCUGACUAGUUAGUACCAGGUGUAGUGUCUGCGUGUGGGAAUCUUUUAUACAGGCAAAUUAAUUCAGAGGCUGCUUUGUUGGGGUAAACUUGCUCUCUCUGGUUACCUGUUUUAAGCAGAGAAUGUAGAUUACUGACCAGCUCCACUAGGCAAGGAUGGAGCAAUGCCAGAGCAUUUGUUCUUAAAGGGACAUUUGCAACUUGUCAGUCAUGAAGCAAUCUUCUUUAACAUGUAACUCAUGGCGCUGAGUCAUCCUGUCAGACAGAUUCCUGAACUUUCAGGAGGACAGAUGAUGUAAAAUUGUGCUUUGAUACCCCUAUAUUUAUAAAGUAAAAUUGAAGCAUGUGAUUCUUUCAUAUUUAAAAAUGAGCUGUUUACACGACUAGCUUCAUGAAGUAUAAUAAGGAGAGAAUGCUUAACCUGUGGAUGCCUUAGCGGGAAAACUUUGCACUUCUCAACUUCCCCUUGCCAUUCCAUUGUUUAUUGUGUGCCUCUUGAAGGCUGAGGUGGGGAGGACUGUUCACAUCCCUCAUCACAGGGUGACUGCUUACCAUUCCGUGUCGACACAGCUCAUCCUCAUCUCACAGCUCCAGCUUACAUCUCCAUGCUGCUCAUCACACUUCCCAGUUCCUAGUAAAACUUCACCGGUUUGGGAUUGACUCUGAGGAAGGUUGGAGCAGACUUGCAGUCAGGUCCUCAUCAUGUACCUAACACCUUGUCACAGGAACCAAAACCAAACAGAACAAAAUGGCAAUAUCGAACAUGGGCAACUACGGAGCUCAUUUCUGUGGGAUGGUUCAGCCCUGGUCUUAAAGCUGAACAGGCAGAAGACAUCGUAAAAUCGUGGCAAUGUUCACCCCUGUAGUGACCUCUCACUCCCAACACCUUCACGCCUCAGCAUUCUACAGUCCCCUCUCCUCAUUUCAAGACACCAUCUCAUUAUACUCACCCAGAAGUUGUAAUGGCUCAAGUGUUCAUCAUUGAGAUUCAGACCCAAGGACUUAAGACACUUAAAAGACUGAUUCAACUAACAGCCCUAUCCAUAACUGUCAGGCAUUACACCACGUACAGUGAGAUGUUCAUUUUUUGUGGCUUUAAGGAGAAAAUAUCAUUUUGUGAUAAAAGUCAUAGCGUUAAUGCUGGCAAAAGACUUCCCUUGUGUGUUACCUGUAGGAGACUUCUCCCUCAGAUAGAACACUGAUCAGGUUGCCAGCAUAAGGUUAAAAUUCACACCUUAGUCCCCUUUGUUCAAAGAGUGCGGGACUGCUUCUUCAAGGUGACAUGGUUAAGAGCUGUGAGCCAACACUACGACCCCGCUCACGUACCCAGUGUUGCUGAGACUAUCAGAGCUGCCCACUCACGGAUGGUCAGACAUUGACCACACUUCACGAUGUGCAUUUUGUAGCCCUUGGUUAAGGAUCAGUCCCACCUUGUAGCAGAGCGACCACAGAACCCCCGUCUAUUCUGUUCAGUAUCAGCUGAUCAACAAAAGAGAGUACAAAGGUUAGAGUUUUAUUUACACUGCGUACAUCUGUGUGCAACAAUCACACCCACAGCUUAAACAUCAUCCAUAUAGUCAGAAACUUCCAACCUAAGAAUAUUGUAGCAAACAAUGACAAACAUCAAUGAGACAGACACUGUUACUGCUCACUCACUCAUGUACACCCACUCCACAGGUCAGUGUUAAUGACAGGUAGACUACAUAGGUGCAAGAUAAUCUCAACAUCAUGGCUAAUCUGAUACCUUCCUUUCUACACACAUAUUCAUGUACAUGUACAUACACAUAUGUCUAUAAGAUGCACACACAUUCAUCCUCACUGUGGCACUGGCCAUUAACUAUCACAGGUACAGGACCCUGAACAAAGCUCACUCUUACAUUACUGCUCCCACUGCAUCAGGUAAUGGCACUGUGGGGAAAGUCUUGCCUCUAGUCACUGGGGUUUCCAGAGAAAAGUAAUCCUUCUACAAAUGCCUCACAGUCUACCUCCUGUCCAGUUAUACCUGUGCUACCUGCCUGGAAAUCAGGUGGAGUGUCCUCUUCCUUCAUUGAUCAACACCAUUCUGUUCAAAGCAAUAGGACGAUAUUGUAUGGGUCAUAUAAUGGGUUGGUAACCUUUGCCCAGAAUAUCGAUCUCUACAACCAUGAGCAAAGCCACAAGUGAUGCACUGUUAUAAGAAACUAGAAUAUAAGCCCCAGCUUUUUAACUUGUCUUUCACACAUUUCUUGGCAUGCUGCCAUCUGACAUUGUAGUCUUCAUGCCUUCAUCACAUGAUGCAAAUUAAAAUGAUUUAAGACUGCAAUGGUACAAAUAUUCCUCUUUUUUUUCAGUGAGGUGUAAGGACAUCUUAGCUCAUCAUUUCAAAGACAAGAGUUAUCAGAAUUUCUUUAAGCAUUCAGCAUUCUCCCAGCCAUAAUGGGGACAACACACCCAGCAGCAAAGGAUGCCACCAAAAACACCCUUUGGAAUCAUCUGCUACUUUCACACAUCGCAUUUAUCCUUCACCUACUAUCGCCAGACAGAGCUUAAAGUGUCGAUUCUAUCCCUGCACUUCCCCACCCCCCACCCCCUUUGUAAGUAGAAGAUUGUUAAGGUUACAGUACAUUUAAAAUAGAGUGACCCAUGGGGAUUAAAUUGAGUGGCAUCUCCUUCUUCCCCCCCCAGCAGUCCAAGAUAGCCAUUUUUUGAUGUUUGAGGAGGCAGGGAAAUAUGAGUGGGUGCAGAAAUGUGUGACAAUCGGCAGUUUUGUUGCCAACUUGGGAAUGUUUUGUAUUUAAGGGAUGAAUCUGCAGGCAGGAUUGCAAUGUGGGAAUGGGAAUUUUUGGUUGAAUACAUCUUGUGUGGAGAUGUACCUUGCACGUGUAUAUAACUUUCAUGUAACAGAUACCUUAGUUUCUCUGUUGAUGCACUAAUUCAUCAUGGUGAUUCAGAGAUUUUUAUUUGUCCUGGAUUGAGGCAUAUUAUGCCCCAACCACUGGGAACUUUUCUUGUUGGAAUCGAUGCCUUUCCAACUGAAACUACAUAAUGACUGAAGUGACUUAUUACUGCUCUACCAUUCAGCCAAGCACUGACCUUUGGCUUUGGGAUCUGCUGGGACUGGGAUGGCCUUUUUGCAAGAGACAGGGGGUGAGAGUAGAUGCUGAUAUCACUCUGGUGUUGCUUCAAAGACGCUACGAGGUCCACACUUGAGUCAAGUGCAGAAGCUGUGUUUCCACGUAGAGCAUUUAUACAGCAGUCAUCUCCUUGGAAGCUGAAUUUAUAUCGGGUUCCCCAGCUAUGAAUUUUGCAGUUUAUGUGAAGCUUCAUUUUCGUUGGUAAUUCUGGUCUGACACGUACCUAUGGCAGACUUUACCAUUGUUAUUAUUGUAUAAUAGCCUUUCACUACAACAUUCUCUGAUAUGUCUUCACCUCCAUUAGUUCGUAGGUAGUUUGUGGAUCCCUCUAAUAGGGAAACCAAAUAACUCACUCUGUUCUCUUGCUCUAAUACACAACCUCAGUAACCUUUGUCAAAGAUUCUUCUAUACAUCUGUUAGUGAUAUACCAUCACCAUCAGGAAUGUACAGUUUAUAAUUCCAUUAUUAGUAGGCACCAUAUAAUGCACGCCACUAACAAAUGGUUUCUCAUCAUGGUAUAAUCUGCUCAACACAUGACAUGAACUGCUUAGACCUCCCUAGUUGAUACAAAGGCCAUUUAAGUCAACACCUCUCACUAUAACACACUUGUUUUACUACUGUGCAUGACUAUUGAAGAGACUGUAAUAAACUAGUCUAAGUGUAUGAGAGGUUCAUUUUACCACUACAGCAUUUACUUCUAAUGGUUAGCAACCUGAUCAUGAAACAGUACAGCAAAAAGAACCAAACUUGUAUGGCUAUUUACGUGCCUGAGAGGUUAGGUAGCUGUUGGAAAAGCAUUAUCAGAAAGCCUUGUUAGUUUAGAUGUGGGAAGGUUAUCAAAGAUUGGAAAGGGUAUGCAUUGCACACAAUUGCUCCACAAUCACACACUUUUACACUGUCUGAGGUCUUUCGUUGCCUCUCAUUAAGUAGCUGGCCAGAAGGUACCUGGGAGGAACCACUUUGUAAAGUGAUCCCUGCAAUACCCUGGGUUCAAUGCUGUGUAUCUAGAGGGCUGCGUGCAUCUGACUCUUUCUAUUAAUGGUGCCAUAUAGGGAAGAAUGCUGUACAAAUUGCUACCAAAAUAUAUCCAGACACCAAAAUAGAAGCUCAGGCAUGCCAGCGAUAGUAGAGAAUUUUUCUUUAAACAUUUAUCGAUUCAACUCUAUGUACUUUCCUUUUCAGUUGGAGACAAAAUUGGUUUUCCAAGCAACUACAGAUUGACAUGAUCCCACCCUCCCCAUCUAAACAUAUUUGGGAGUUGUUUUGAAAAGCAAACAAAUUGUCUCCCCCUCCCACUUAACAAUGAUUUCUCAAUGCCCUCAGUAGCAAUUGGCAUUAAAUCACCUUUCAACCAUGUAUUUCACCAUUUAGUUAAAUAAAUCAAAUCCAGAAUACAGAGAGAGUUGUAGAGAUCAAGAUACAAAUGUAUUCUGAAGUGUUAUCAGGAUCAAGCAUCUCAUUACAUCACAGGUGGAGAUAAAUCAUGUCCAUUGAACCUUUAUAUACAGAAGGAUGCCUUGCAGAUAGUUCCAGAGAGGGUCUACUGUGUUCAGAACAACAUAAAUGUCUCUAACAAUCCUUUGAGUGUGGAAGGACUGACAAAAGAGAAAUGAAAGGUAUUAAUGUAUAGGCUUUUUUAAAGAUAAAAUUCAUAAGUGAUUCCCUUUACAAUGUAUCUAAAAAUCCUGAAGACCUGUUGAAAGAAUAUGAUGCAGACUUCUAAUCGUUUGUCUCCCCCUUCCGAGCUCUUCCUAUUGUGAUAGAUAGAUUAUUGUAAAAAGUCCUUAUUACCAUGUGGGAUGGGAGGGUUCUAACAAAACAACAUUGGCAAAACAUUUGAUGACUUUUCAUAUUAUAAUAAAUCUUGCCAAAGAGGUGAUCUCUUUGAUGUGAAUGGGUUUAAAAAAAUCUAUUUUUAUAAAAAAGAAAAAGACCUCAUUGAAAAUUUUUACAGAACCUUGAUCGAAAAAAAAGAGAAUAUUUUGACAGGCUAUGUUCUUUUAGUGGGAGGGGAGGACAGUUUUGUCACAUGUGCUCUAGACUGAUAACUUUUUAAGACAAAAAAGGGAGCAUAAAACACAUUGUUUUCGAGCAAGAAUUGUUGAUACUAAGUUUGUACUCAGUGAUACUGAGAGCAUAUAGUUUGAUGGGGAGCACUCUCUCAACAGUACAGGUUCCACACAGUGACAUCAUAACAGCUGACAAGAUUUCGUUGAGGCCUUCCUGUUUAGUUGCUGUACUAGAUCGACAUUUUUAAAGAGAAGAUUGCCAAAAAAAUAAAAGUCAAUUGACUUUCAACUUCCUGGCUUUGCCGGUCUUGGAAACCUGUUUUAUUUGAACAAGAUGGGCAAAUUGUCAUGUUCACAAGGUCCUUUUCUGAUUUUGUUCCUUUUGUUGGUGUAAGUUUAUUUUUAAAGGAAAAGAAUUCAACACUUCUUCUGAAGCAUGCAUGGGUGUUCUCCCUCUCAGCAUUUGCAAAGUCAUUCAUUAUAUACGAAGGGUUUGAGUUGUUUUUGAUAGACCCAGUAAGAUGCUAUUUAAAUACAUGUAUUUCUUAUCCAAUUUGGAUGUCUGGCCCCAAAGACAGUUUAUGGCAAUUUAUAUAAUACAAAGUUCACCCCCCCCUCAAAAUUUAUUGUUCAUUUACACCGUUGUAGAGAAGUGUCAGACUUCAGUUAAAUCUUAUCUCUUCAGUUAGUAAAGUCAAGCAGAUAUCUGUACAAUAUGUGGACAACUAUCUAGUGUUGGUUGGCACCAACACAGUCCCCUUUGGUGGAGAGCAGCAUCAGCUGUCGGUGGUCCUAAAGAGUUUUUCUUAAAAUCAAGGAAGACCAACUAAGACAGGCUGUCUCUGCAGUGAGGACCUGGUCUCAGUGACUCAACCAGACCCGGUCUCAACAUUGCGCCUUUGCAUCCUCUGACCACUAACGCGGCUUAUGAAGACCGAACACCACGCCACCCUCCGUCAGCUGCCUUUGCUGAAUGUUAAGCACUCAGCAACCUGCCGAUGGAUCAGAAAGGGAGCAAAUGGGGGUCUUUGGGAAGGAGCCCGAUUAAAAAUUGGUCCCAGGUACUGAAGUUGUACGUAAAGGACAAAAUAAAAGGAUGACGUCAAGCUUUUUAUUUUUGACACUAUUCUCUUUAAUCCAAAUAGUUUGAUCAUUCGUUUGAGGGCCUCAGUAUAUUUAUUUAUCUUUACCACCUCUUUAAGAUACGUUAUUCUUCCUUUUUUGGGGACGGUAGGUGCUAGUUGACCCUUUGUGUGUUCCUAAGGAAAGGUUUUCAGAAAGCUACUGACGCAAGCCCUACCUUAUCUUUUUCAAAACUGAGCAAAGCACUAAAGGCUCUGUUACCUUUAAAAUAAAAGCUUUUGAUUUUCAAUUUUGCUUUGACCCAUGUUGACUUUGUGUGUGGGGGUGGGGCUUUUUUAAGAUUUCCCCCUCCUCUCCCCCAAGACUUGACUAUUUACCAAACUUGCCAGUUAGUUUGCAUUCUCACUUUUUUGCUAUUAUUUUUCUCUCUUUAACGUCAGACGUUUCUUUGUGUCUGGAACUCUAUGUGUAAAACAUGGGUCUCAUUUUGUUAGAAUAGUUUUUAAGAUUAAAAAAAGGUUAAAAAAAAAGAUUUUCUAUUGUUUUAAAACCGUGUUAAGUGUAUUGUACGAAUCUGUGGUAGCUUACAUUGCAGAACAAAAAAAUGUAAAAAAAAGCACCAUGACCUAGUUAAUAUUUUGGCAAUUAAUAGCUUCUUGUAGCUUAACUUAUUCAGAGGUUGAAUAUAUAUUAUCGCAUUGUAAAAGUCGUUCUGUGUAUAUUUAUGUUUCCUUUAUAUUUGCAAGUUUUAAACAAAAAACGACUUUAAUUUUACCAAUAAGUGGUUUAGCUUAAUUUAUUCUUAAGGGAACAAACUUAAAGUUUGAGGAUGGCUCUCCUUAGGUGCACUGAUUAUGUCGUGAUUCAUACGGAACAAAAAAUAUUGAGUAUUAGGAAGUUACUUUGUGUGAUAGUUGUUAUAACUUUGCUAUUACUUUUGUCUUGUUAAACAUUUUCAGUCUUAUCCUAAUAGUAGUGUCGAUGGAUUUUAACAUGUUAUCGCUUGGUAUUUCUUUACUUUUAUUUGACCUCUAUGCCAAUCCUCUAAUGGCGCAUUGAGUGAAUGGUGACAACCAAAGGGAAACUGUAAAAAAAUAACAAGUCUCGGAGGUAGUCGUGGAUGUUUUCCGUAUGAGAGAAGUCCAGUUGACUGGAUUAUAAAGUUGGGGUCGGGGGGAAAGGGAGGGAAGUUCAGGGUUCACGGAAAUAGUGAGCAGAAUGUAUCCCUGAACUUGGUGGCCUGAGUGUACAAGGCAUUAGCGGGGAGGCACAGAUCUUUUUUCUCUUUGGUGUAUUUAGUUGGGGGAGAGGGUAAAAGUUCCCACGAUCCUUUAACUUAAUAUUUAUUUCGAUGGUAAAUUAUGGCUGAUUUCUUGUUGGAACAAACUUGCUAGUUUAGAGUAUUUAUUACUGGGAAUACAAAUGUGAAAGCUGUAAACAUUUUUCAUUGAACUGUUUGAUUAUUUGUACUUUUCAUGCCAGACAAUAAACUUCAGAAUCUUA